UCAUUUUUACUGCCCUUUCCUCAAUUCUCUCUCUCUCUUAAACCUCAAUUCUCUCUCACCUCCACCCCUUUCUGGAAACAAUUCUCCGGCCACUCUCUCUCUCUUCCUCCCUGUGUAAUGGCUGGUGAUUUGGAUCGCAGAAAACCCAUCAGAAAAUGAAAUUCAGUGCAAGCUGAAGCCGCAUCAUUUUUCCGUUCAUGCGAGGGAUCGAUAGCCUUUGUAGAUAAGUGGGAAUGGCCCCAACUUUCUCUCUCUUGCCAUUUCCCUUGUUUUCCCCUGCAAAAACUCCAGAACCAGGAGAGAGAAAGCUUCCUAAACUCAUGAUGAAGCCAAUACCCAUUUUCUCCGUCUUGCUGAUUUUGCUGUUUUCAUUGGCAAGAUCCCAAGAAGUCGGCCAAGCACUUUCUCCCUCAGAAGAGGAUUGCAAUGGCAUUUAUCUCUCUUAUGUCUUCGUUUCUAGAGAGAAGGAGUUCCCUCGAAUCAAGAACGCGUCUGCUCAACCUUAUGCCUUUUCGGCAAUUGCCACCAUAUUGAAUGCAGGUGUCCAUGAUCUCAAAGGAUGGAAAAUAUUUAUUGGUUUUCAACACAAUGAGAUUUUGGUCUCAGCUGGUCAAGCCGUUCUCUACGAUGGAUCUGAAUUGCCUGCUCAUGUUGGAAAUGGGACUUAUUUUUCGGGUUAUCCUCAAUCUGAUCUCAAAAAUGCCAUUGACACAGCUGGUGACAUGACUCAAAUUCAGGUUCAGAUUGAAAUAAAGGGGACACAAUUUGGGGUCAAGUCACCUCGAAUUCCAAUGCCCAAAACGAUUAAGCUUGCUAAUGAUGGGUACAAGUGUCCUGCGCCUACACUCAAGCGUAGCGAGAUGGACGUGUGCUGUGUUCUGGACCCCAAGUACAAGGCCAAGGCUGUGGCCGAUACGAAGUUUUUGCCUCGCCAAAAUGGUGACCUAACCUUAAGCUACGACGUACUCCAAGCCUAUGGAAGCAACUACCUGGCCCAAGUCUCUAUGUCUAAUAACCACCCAUUAGGUCGCCUUGAUAACUGGAAUUUAACAUGGGACUGGAUGAGAGGAGAGUUUAUAUACACCAUGAAAGGAGCAUAUACACUAAAGAAAGACGCCUCAGGUUGUAUCUAUGGACCAGCUGGUAACUAUUACCAAAGCCUCGAUUUUGCAACAGUGAUGAACUGCCAAAAAAAGCCCAUUAUAGCUGAUCUCCCACCUGAAAGAGCUAAUGAUGCACAAGUUGGAUUGAUCUCAAAUUGCUGCAAAAAUGGCACCCUCUUGCCCCCAACCAUGGAUUCAUCCAAAUCGAAGGCUGCAUUUCAACUCCAAGUAUAUAAAAUUCCACCCGAUCUUAAUAGAACAGCUCUUUAUGCACCUCAAAAUUGGAAGAUCAAUGGACUUUUGAACCCUGACUAUAAGUGUGGGCCUCCGAUAAGGGUGAGCCCAACCGAAUUUCCAGACCCAAAUGGGCUUCUCUCUACAAGUUCAGCAGUGGCUAGUUGGCAAGUGGUCUGCAAUAUAACACGGCCCAAAAACAAGCAAUCUCGAUGUUGCGUAUCUUUCUCGGCCUAUUACAAUGACACUGUAAUACCUUGCAAUACUUGUGCUUGCGGUUGUCCUGAAUCUAUUACACCAGCUUGUAAUCCCGAUGCCUCACCAUUGCUUCUCCCCUCUGAAGCUCUCUUAGUCCCUUUUGCCAACAGGACUGCAAAGGCCAAGGCUUGGGCAAAAAUAAAGCACUAUAAUGUGCCAAACCCAAUUCCUUGUGGAGAUUAUUGUGGGCUCAGCAUAAAUUGGCACAUAAACUCAGACUAUCGUAAGGGCUGGACAGCUAGAAUUACUCUGUUCAAUUGGGAGGAUUUCAAUUUUGCCCACUGGUUCACUGCUAUAGAGAUGGACAAGGCCUUUCUUGGUUAUGAGAAUGUGUACUCUUUUAAUGGAACUGUGAUGGAAGAUAGAAACAACACUAUCUUCUUGCAAGGACUGCCUGGUUUGGAGUAUUUAAUUGGAGAAACCGAUGGGCCGAACCCACUUACUGAUCCAAGAGUGCCUGGUAAACAACAAUCUGUGAUUUCUUUCACCAAGAAGAAAACACCAGGCAUCAACAUGGUUAAGGGAGACGGGUUUCCCUCUAGGGUGUUCUUUAAUGGAGAGGAGUGUUCCCUUCCUACUGAGUUCCCUAGGGGAGAUGGGUAUCGAGCCUCUGUUAAAAUUUUACCUGUCAUCUCGAUGGCGCUUCUUGUUUUUAUGUUUAUAAAUCAGCCAUGGUUACUGUAAGUCCUACGACUAGCCAUAUUUUGAUACCUGCUGAUUCUUUUAUUCUUUUGAGGGGAGGUUUGGGAUGACAUUUGAGAGAAGGAAAUUUCUAUUUUGUGGGUCAUGAAGCUUGUAACUCCUGGUUGCGAAUUGGGGUUAGUUUGGUGACUUUGAUCCUUCGAGAGGCGGCUUGGGUCGAUCUUGGCUUUCUUCCGAGAGUCACAAAGCAUGGGGUGCUUAGAAGGAGAGACGAGUUUGCUGUGGAAAUAUUUCAAGAGAUGGUUAUGAUAAAGAGUUCAACAGUAAUGAAACUUUAAUUUUCCAAAAGUAAAAUCAGAUUGUUGGGUAGUGGAUUGGAAUGUUGUUUUUUCUUCUUAGAAUUUCUGUUGUCAAUGUAUCGUCCAAUCAAAUUGUAAGAUUUAGAUUUUGUAUUAAGUUUACUGUUUAAUGCUUCUUCAACGUUCUGAAUUUGAAAAGCUGUGCCUUUCCA